CUUGUCGCGUUGGCCUGAGUUCAAAAUUGUACAGUAAAUAACGCAGCCGCAGUGGUGGGAAGGACGCUGGAGGAGAAGAAAUUAGCACACUGUAGAAGUCUCCGUCGUAGUUGUGAGUGGAUACAAAAUUACAGCGCAAUUGAUUUACCUUUUACCAGGGGCGAGAAUGGCGACGCUGGGACUGGACUCCCGUCUCCAUUCCCAACUCCCCUCCGGAUCUGUUCAAAGUAACAUCAGCAGUUUGGGGUCCCAGAAUACUGUCCCUCUGAAUCGUGCGCUUGAACGGGCUCUGGAAGAGGCUGCGAACUCAGGUUUUUUAAACCUCAGCGCCAGAAAAUUGAAAGAUUUUCCAAGAACUGCCUUAACCCACGAUUUGACGGACACGGUGGAAGCAGACUUGUCCAAGAACCGCUUGACAGAUGUUCCCUCUGAAGUGUGUCACCUUGUCUCCUUGGAAACGCUGAACCUCUAUCAUAAUUGUAUUAGAAGUAUUCCUGACUCUAUCAUCAGCCUGCAGACUCUCACCUCUUUAAACCUAAGUCGUAACCAGCUCUCUGUUCUGCCCGCCUGUCUCUGUGGGCUGCCCCUGCGUGUGCUCAACGCCAGCAACAACAAACUGCUCUGCCUUCCAGAGGCCAUCGGCCAGCUCACGAGCCUGAUGGAGCUGGACAUUAGCUGCAAUGAGAUCACCGCUCUGCCUCAGCACAUCGGUCACCUGAAGGCCCUGAGGGAGCUCAAUGUUAGGAGGAACUUCCUGUGUGUGCUUCCGGAAGGCCUGGCAGAGCUGCCCCUGGUGAAGCUGGACGUGUCCUGUAACAAGGUGUCCACCGUGCCCACCUGCUUCAGGAAGAUGGUUCACCUGCAGUCUCUGCGGCUGGAGAACAACCCCCUGCAGAGCCCACCUGCACAGAUCUGCAUGAAGGGCAGGGUGCACAUAUUUAAAUACCUGACUAUGGAGGAGUGCCGCAGUGACAAGAUGGCCGACACCCUCUACCUUCCCGUGAUAGACAGACUCAGCCUGUCGCAUCCGGCCACUGGCAGCACCGAGGACAUCGACCAGAAUAAGAAACAGGAAACUGACUCGGGCGUCGGCAGCGACAAUGGGGACAAGAGGCUAUCGGCCACAGAGCCCUCAGAUGAGGACAGUCUGAGUCUGAAUGUCCCCAUGUCCCACAUCACCGAGGAGGAGGGCCUGAUCAAGGACGAUUCCAGCGAGCACAUCUCUGCCCUGACAGCUGAUUCCCCUCAGGGCUCUGUGAAGCCGAUAGGCAGCAAUAUCUCAGAGCCUCUGGAGGAUCAAUUUGGGUCCAGAGAUUCAGGGCUGAGCACACAGUUCCUCGGCUACAUCAAGGGCCGAGCCACAGACUUUGACGAGCCCCUUAGGAUAGAGGAGGACGUCAGCUGGUCAGUUCAACCGUCAAAGGUCAGUGAGGGCACAGAGAUCCACAUAGACAUGAUCAACCAACUCAAAGAGACAGUGGAGCUGCUGCAGGACCCAGAAAGAGUGAAAACGGACCCUACGGAUCUUUCCGGAGUGAAGUUGUACCCGGUGGAGAUGGUUAUGGUGGAGGAGUCCUUCAAUGGCCAGGACUGUGAGGGUGAACAGACCACACCGAAGAGUGAAACUUCUGAUGGAAGCCUUGAGUUCCAGAAGAAGAGGGAGCUGAUUCUAGAGAGGGCCAGGCUUGAGGCCCAGCUUGCUUGCCUGCAGUUUGACAGAGAAGUACCACCCCAGAGUGACGUGAUUGGCCAGGGAGCCCAGUCUGAGGACCAAGAUGAUGGGGGGGAAGAUGAGGGUUCCACCGUGUCAUCCACUCUGAGCUCCCCUCCCUUUGGCUUGAAACCACGGUCAGCCCCCACCUCGCUGGCUUGCUCGCCCCCACCUUGUCUCCGCCCCCUCACACAGGCCACUCCUGCUGAUAGAGACUCCCUCAGUAGCCCAGAUGAAGGAGGCAUGCAGAGCAGUGGAGGUACUCCUCUGCAUCCCUCUCAUCUGCAUCCCAGAUUCACUGAGAGAGAGAGUGCGGUCUUUCUGCGGACCUCCAAGAGCCUGGAGUCCAUGGACCCCCAGUUUACCAUGCGCCGCAAGAUGGAGCAACUGAGGGAGGAGCUGGAGCUGAUGGAGCAGCUGAGAGAGAACAUUGAAAGCAGGCUGAAGGUGCCAUUACCUGAGGACCUGGGCUCCUCUCUGAUGGACGGGGUGGUGCUCUGCCACCUGGUGAACCACAUCCGCCCUCGGUCUGUCAAUAGCAUCCACGUGCCCUCGCCUGCUGUGCCCAAGCUGAGUAUGGCCAAGUGUCGGAGGAACGUGGAGAACUUCCUGGACGCCUGCAGGAAGUUGGGCGUCUCAGAGGAUAAGCUGUGCCUGCCGCAUCAUAUACUUGAAGAGAAAGGUCUGGUGAAGGUCAGCAUCACAGUGCAAGCCCUGGUGGAUGAGACCUGCAUCAAACAGGCCCUGUUCACCUGAGAGGGGAGAACUGUGGGCCAUCCUUGCACAGAGCUUUACCUGGGGGCGUGGCUUCAGACAGGUUACCUGGGGGCGUGGCUUCAGACAGGUUACCUGGGGGCGUGGCUUCAGACAGGUUACCUGGGAGUGGGGUUUUACUAAAUUUAUCCUGUGGGGAAGGAUUUCGGAGAACUUUACCUGGGGAGCAGGGGUUUGUAGGUGGGGGUAAGGCUUCAGAAACUUUACCUGGGGGGGAGGGGUUUCAGAGAGCUUCACCUGGCAGAGAAGUUUAUAGGUGGAAGUGUGGCUUGACAGACAAGAUACAUUUUUUUCUAUUGAUUUGUAUAAAUGACUUGCUACCAUACCUCCAGAAAUAUUACUGUUUUUAUGGGAAUAUAUUUUCUGCUCUUCAACUACCGUGAAAACUGAAACUAAUUUUCACUCUACCAGCAAAAGGGUCUGACCCACCAUUCAACACUAGGUGGUGCUGGCUUGAUAAAUACAAUACACUAUUGCCAGUGAGGUUUUGCGGUUGACAUUUCGUAUAUAAAGUCAAUUUAUAAUAUUCAUGUGAAAGCAUUCUGGGCAGUGACCAAUCCUAACAAUCACUUAAAGUUUUCUUAUUUAUUUUUAUUUAUUAAAACUCCAUUCAGUUGGGUGAAGGAUUUAAGCUGUGCUUUGGAUCUAAUGUAAAUUGAAAAGUAAACUUUUUUAAAAUACAGGUAAUAUAUUUUGUAUUUUGUAAAAGGUUUUGUGAUUACUUUUAUUUGUAUGUUUCUAUUUUUUGUCUGUACAAUCUUCUUUCAGUAUUGGCAAGAUGUCACAGCCUUGGAAUAACAGUACUACAACAUUUGAAGAACAUCUGAAAACUUAACCCCCUUUUAUUGCUGGGGGUGGGGGGCUGUUUUUUGUAUUUGCCUUAGAGAAUGAAAGAAAGAAGGGGGGUCUGAAUUUGGACAUUCCAAUUGUGUAUUAAUAUGAGUCACCCCAAAAUCCUUUUUGAAAAUAUAAUUAUAGUACAUCCAAGUAUAGAAAAACACUAAGAAAAUGCAGGUACACAAAUAAACACACUGUUAGACUGUUGAUGUCAUAAGACAUCACUUGUUAUGCUAUGGAACUGUUUUCAUUUCUUUCAUCUGGGCACAGACAGUGCACGCACAUGCAAUACAUACAAUAUGUUUACCAGAGUUGGGGGUGUUAAUUCAGACCCUGAUAUUCACAGUCUGAAACUGGUCCACAGUGGGUGAUCAGCCAGGUUUUAUUAGUCUGUUCGUAUCCUUUUAGCUUGACUAUGACUAUGAAAGUGCUUUCGAACAAGGACCUAUUUGCACUAACCAGUCAGGACAUUAGCUUUAGCCCAAGGGUCUUCCAUUACCAUUAGCCAGAGGAUCUUCCAUUAAUGUUAGCACAAGGUUUUAUAAUCUGUAUGCAGGAGAGUUUGCACUUUUGUGAAGAAUGGAUGCGUAGAAUGUAUUUGUGUUUUUACCGCAGGCUUCGCAGUAUACUGGAUAACUAGAAGUUUGUGUAUAGCAUGUGUCCAGGGCUGAUGGUAGCAGAGUUUUUCUGUUUGGGUGUAAUGAAGGUCAGUAUUCGAAACAUGUAAGUUAAUAAGACCCAAAUUGUAAAUUGUAAUUUUGCUGGAUGGAUUUGCCAGUUGCCAAAAAUCGUUUUUUUUUUUUUUUUUUUUUUAAUGGACCAAAACUUGGUAACAAAUGUUUUUAAAAGAUUUAAAAAAAAGAACUUGAGUUUUGUUCACAAGUUACAUAGAACAAAAUGUAAGAGUAUACUGAGCAUAUAAGGAAUCCGAUUAACUUGGUUUUCCACAAAUUGUUUAUACUCUAUGGAAUAGCUUAAGCAUGUCGAUGAUGUGGACUACAGUAAAAUGAUGUUGUGAUGUGAUAAUCGUUUGUGCAGUUAGAUAUAUAUUUUGAGUGCACUGCAUUGGUGUAUCUUUUUAUAUUGAUAUGAUGUACAUAUCCUCAUGUUCAUUAUCCUCUGGCAGUAUGAGACCAUGCCAGGGUUUUAAAAAUACAAUAUUUAUAUGCAUAGAGCAAAUGCAGUAGGAAUUAUGUUAUCAGUGUGCUUUUCUACUGCAUUUUUAUAAUAUUGUUGUGAAUCUUCCAAAAAUAUCAGUUUAUGAUAAAUAAAACAAAAGCAGGAGCUGACCUCAGUUAAAUAAUUGAACAUUUCACAUCUGUUUGAGAUGGAGAAAAGAGUUGUGUGGGAAAGAGGAAGGGAAGUCUUAUUUUGAGGCAGGUCAAUGUGCAUGCAGCGAGUGUGUUCUCAGAUAUUGCCUCUCUCUGGGUGUCUGUCCACACAGACUGGAUCAGCUUGUGGCUCCCAUUAGUUCAUUUCAUUCAGAAAAAAACAAUGCAGGAGAUUUUUAUCCUGAUCUGUGUUUAGAAGUGUAUUGCUGUUUAGCAUUGUAAUGUCUAUAUGAAAUUACAAAUCUUCCUUUUCUUUUUUAAAUUUCUUUGUGGUGAGUUGAAUAUAUUUGUAUAAAAAAAUGUUCAAUAUUUUUUACUACAAUGUUUUAGUCAAGUUUAAUCUGCUGGAUCGUGACAAGUGUGUUUUUUUCAACCUUUCUGUAUAUAAAAUAUGAAACUUUGUGGUAAGGAUGAAUAUAAUUUUUUUAUUUUAAUGGGGUUUUGUUAUAUAUCACCUAUGAUGUAACAUAGUCAAACACGUUUUUAUACUUCUUUUUAUGUUGGUUAUGGAUAAAACUUUGUUGUACAACAUUUUUUGAUUAGGAUGCAUGACCUUGUCCAAACCAUUGCCUUAAUGACUGUAGAUACUGUACAGGUUAUUACAAGUAUACUGUGCCAGUAAAGCCCUGUUUGUAAAAA